AUGAAGUUUCAGACAAUUCUCUUUCCCUUACUCUGGUUUGCUACGGCCAAUGCCUAUGGAUCAUUUCCUGCCAUGGAACGUUCCAUAGAGAUCGAUGGCAAUGGAUGCAGUGAUAUCAAAUGGACAGUUGAUAAGGAAGCAAUGACUCUGCGAAUUGCCUUCAAGAGUGCCAUUGACACAGAAUGGGUUGGCCUGGGUAUUUCCGAGUUUGGUACCAUGAAGGGAACUGACAUUAUGCUUGUAAAGAUGAUUGACAAUGGAGCUGAUGAGCCAUCCUUUGUAGCAGAAGAUCUCAUCUCAACUGACUUUGUGAAGCCCCGAAAGGACAUUCUUCAGAAUGUGGAGCUGAUCCAUGCUGAACUUGAUGAAGAUGGCCGGAUCCAUGCAUUGGUGGAGCGCCCCUUGGAUUCUUGUGACUAUGAUGACAUUGCAGUUGAACCAUUCCAACAGUCAAUCAUCUGUGCUUCCGGGUAUCUAGAUGACAACAACGAGAUUCUCUACCACGGACCUGCAGUUAGGUCUGCCACGACUGUCAAUUUUAUGAUUGAUGAAGAUUUGUUCUAUGGAACAAUUGGCUUCUCAAACCACUCCAAUGAGGAGAUUGGGAAGACACUUCUCGAUGAACAAGGCAUUGUCACUCUAUGGGAAACUGGUUCUGGUGGGCAAGAUCAUGUUGCCAUCGAUGUCCAGCUACCUAAAAUUACUCUACCUCAAGACAAGGUGACUUCCUUUGCAUGUGUGGCAUUCCGUCUGCCCCCAGAGAUUCCAGUAAGGGUCAUUGCUGCGGAAACAGUUUGGGGUGAUGGGAAAAUCCAUGCAAAUACAGGCGAACGUCCAUCAUACAUUCACCACCAAACCCUCUAUCAAUGUGAAGGAGAUGCAGAUCAUCAUUCUGUUGUGGAAGGCCAAGCCUUUGACUGUGAGUUUAAAAUGCCUGACUGUCCAAUGGCUCUUGGCAUCGCACGAUCCCCACGCAUCAAAGGCCCCCCAGGCCUCCACCUCACACUGGAACCAGGAUUUUACGUCCUGCAGGUGCACUAUGAGAAUGCAGCUCGUGCUACCAUUGUUGAUGAUAGAGCAGGUCUGAGGCUCUGGGCUGAGCCACCUGCCCUCCCAACAUGGACCAAUCCAUCCAGAUUUGUAACUCUUGAGGCCUACCUAGACACCAUCCAUGUCCCAGCUGACCAAAACCAGGAGGAGAUUGAAGUCCACUAUCAGAUUUCUGGUGAGGCAUCAAGAGCUGUUCUCCCACCAGAUGGAGUGCAGGUGUUCAUGAACCUGCUCCACAUGCAUGACAGAGGAGUUUGUGGUCACUUGCAAUUGAUCCGUGAUGGGGUUCAUGUGCAGGACAUUAUCAACACAAUCAGUUUUGACAAGAAUAGUCAGCAGCCAAACUUCAGAAUGUGGAAAUAUCUACCAGGUGAUACUCUUGUCAUGACUUGUGUGUACAAACCACAAAAAGAUGUGGACACAUAUGGUGGAAAAGCCGCAAGUGCAGAAAUGUGUAAUGCACUCCUUGGAAUGACCCCACCUGUGCCAGGUUUUGUCCGUGCCCUGGGGGUAGUCACUCCAGCUGACCAACCAUUUGGCAAGAGCCAAAUUGCUGGAGGCAACAGCUUUGCAUAUGACAGAUCUGAGACUGCCACGCAUGCACCAACAUACAAGGAAACAAAAGACUUCAAGCAUCUUGUGGAUCAUCACAUGAAAUUUUGUGAGUUGGCAGCCCGUGAUGCUCUGCUCACUCCUCCAAUUCGCAUUACAGAUCCUGGUGUCAAUAUUGCACUGUUCCAGAUUCUUGUCCUUGCCUUCAUUGCCAUAGUAUCCUCACAGUGGAAGGCCAUCAAGAACAUGGCAUGUGAAAGAACCAAGCGCAACACAGUGUGUUAUGUACUUGAACUGGUGUACAGCACUGUGGUUCUUCCUUUUCUGCUUGCUGAUUACAUGACUCUGAUAACGAAUGAACAGUCUGUGGACACAGUGGACGCAGAACUCUAUAUUCCCACCAGGACCAUUGGGGUUGGGUUGAUCUUUCUCUAUCUGGCAGAGCUCUUCUACAAGCAAGGAAUUCGCUCUGACUUGAUACUCCACCAUGUGGUUGCCAUCUUGAUGGCUAUGCUCUGCUAUGUAGCAGGCAUUGAGACCUUCUCUGUCAAAGUUGCUACCAAGCUAGGAGCAACUCUUUGCUUGAUGGCAGGAACUGAACAGCCAAUGUACUUUGCAUUGCUUCUCAAGAAUCUUGGUUAUGCUACUGAUUGGUGGUGGCCCAAGCUCUGUUACUUCGCUGCCAUUUUCAAUGCUAUCACCAAGGCAGCCCUGAUCACCCUCUUUGCAUAUAUGCUGGCAGUCUCCUACAGAGGAAUUGAUGUGUCCUGGGAGAUUGGAACAUGGAGCUUUUCCAGCUGGAUGCAAGCACCAAGUUGGAUCAACGCUAAUGUUGUUACUGCCAUUCUGUCUGUUCUCCUGGUUCUAUUGACCCUUGCACAAGUAUUCCUUGGCAGAGUCCUCUUUGCUCUUGCCUCCAAGUACAGCCACAUGGUUCAAGGGAAAGGAAAGGUUCCUAGUACCACUUGUACCCCAUCAGAGGCUGAAGAGACUGCCUCAUCCGAAAUUGAAAUUGAAGAGCCCACAAACAAACACGGGUCUUCAUCAUGUGAAUCUGACCUUUGGCCUGAUGACAUCUCCGUAUGA